UGAAGAAUGCAAUUGAUGCAAGGUCUUUGAUUAUGUAGUGAUUAUAUCGUAUAUGAAUGUAUUUAAUUGCACAUACGCAUUUCAACUUAUGAGUUUUCUGUGUUUGAGAUUCAAUUGCAAGUGGUAAUAAAUUUAGACUUAAAUUUAAUGCUAACUUCUUCAAUUUUUUUUAUUUUUUUAUUUUUUAUUUUAUAUAUAUAAUAACAAAAAUUCAAUUAGUAAAGUGGCCAUAGUCUAGAUAUAUAAUCACAAAAUUGAUCUUUUUUUACUCAUGAUGAAGUUGUUGUAGGUUAUUAAAAACUUUUACUAGAGUUAUUGAAUAAGUCAGCAAGGAGCUAUGGGGGAUAAAGGCUGGAUGCACCUUGAUGACAGGUUAUUAGAAUAACAAAUAGCUUUAUCGAUAAAAGCUAAAACAUUAAACCUGUUAUUUUUUUAAUAAUUAAAAGUUGUAAGUGUUCAAUUGUAGAGCUUCAGAAGAGUAUACAAAUGGAGCAAAAAGAUUUAUCGCUUGGGCUCGAAGUAAUGCAAGGAAUCAAGAUACCAUUUUAUGCCCCUGUAAACUUUGUUUAAACUCACAAUAUCAACAUUACCAUAAGGUGUAUGAGCAUAUAGUGGAAAAGGGAAUGGAUUCCAAUUACACUGUAUGGGUCUUUCAUGGAGAAAAGAGGAGUACACAAGUAGUAAAUGAAGGCGAUCAAGAUCGUAUGGAAAUACCUGAAACAUAUGAGAUGUUCAGGGAUGUAUAUUUUGGUGGUGAAGACAACGCUGCUACAGAGCAUAUUGAAGGAAGUAGAGAGGGUGAGUUUAGAGAGGCGUUGGAACAUGCUGAAACUCCUUUAUAUACAGAUUGCACGACAUUUACAAUUAUGUCAGCAACUGUUGCUUUACAUAAGCAUAAAGCUGCUUUUAAUCUAUCUGACAUCGGAUAUGAUGAGCUUCUUAAAAUUCUUCGUGUUAUGCUUCCACCAGAUAACCAGCUUCCUAAAGGAAUGUAUGAAACAAAGAAGCUAUUAAAGACAUUUGAUUUAGGGUAUGAAAAAAUACAUGCUUGCAUUAAUGAUUGUUGUUUGUUUAGAAAAGAAAAGGAGGAUAUGAAUGCAUGCCCAAAAUGUGGUUCUUCAAGGUGGAAAAUGAACAGAUAGAAUAGUAAGGUUCAAGAAGGGGUUCCGGCUAAGGUGUUAUGGUACUUUCCAAUAGUACCAAGAUUUAGGCGUUUGUUUCGAUCGAUUGAAAAGGCUGAACAGGUAUUGUGGCAUUCAACAAAUAAAAGUCAAGAUAGAAAUAUGCGACAUCCAGUUGAUUCACUUGCAUGGGAUAUCAUAAAUAAGAAGUGGCCGAGUUUUGCAUCAGAUCCUCGAAAUUUAAGGCUUGGCCUUGCGGUCGAUGGGGUCAAUCCAUUCGGUGAUCUUAGCACUAAACAUAGUUGUUGGCCAGUGAUUUUAGUUGUAUACAAUUUUGACCCAUUGUUUUGCAUGUCUAAAGAGAAUUUGAUGUUGACGAUGUUGAUCUCAGGGCCAAAGCAACCAGGGAAUGAUAUUGAUGUAUUUUUGGAGCCAUUGGUGGAAGAUUUGAAGGAGUUAUGGGAAAAAGGUGUUUAGCUUUAUGAUUCAUUCAUUAAAUCUAUGUUUAAUUUGAAGGUGAUAUUGAUGUGGACAAUCAAUGAUUUAUCGGCUUAUUCUAAUCUGUCUGGUCAGGCAACAAAAGGUAAGUGUGGUUGUCCAGUGUGUGCUAAAGAAACAUGCUCAGAGUGGCUGCCAUGUAGUGGGAAGACUGUGUAUAGGGAUACUCGGCGAUUUCUUUCAAUUAAUCACAGCUAUAGAAAGAAGAAAACUUGGUUUAAUGGAAAAGAAGAAUUGAGAAGGCCACCUAUAGCAUUAUCUGGUUCAGAAAUUUUUCGUAUUGUUGAGAAUUUUGAGAAUAAGUGGGGAAAAACACCUAAAAUAUGCAUGAAUUCCAACAUAAAUUCUUUCAAAAAACGUAAGAGGUCCAAAGAAAAUCCUUCCGAAAAGAACGACACUUCCUAAAAAAAUCCCAGCACUUGGCCAUGGAAGCAAAGGUCUAUAUUUUUUGAAUUGCCAUAUUGGGAGGCACUACCUCUUCGUCACAAUUUGGAUGUAAUGCACAUUGAAAAAAAUGUUUGUGAGAGCAUUCUCGGUACUUUAUUAAAUAUGAAGGGAAAAUCAAAGGAUGGAUUCAAGUCUCGUAUGGAUCUAGAAAAAAUGGGCAUUAGGUGUGAUUUGCACCCAAAGGAAUCAGGCACGAAACAUUACUUGCCACCAGCACUCUAUACAUUAUCGAAGGAAGAGAAGGGCAAAUUUUUAAAAAGGUUACAACAAUUGAAGUGGCCUGAUGGUUAUAGUUCAAACAUUGGGCAACGAGUCUCGUUGGGUGAAUGUAAGAUUAGUGGCCUAAAAUCCCAUGAUUGUCAUAUUUUGAUGCAACAAUUAUUACCUGUAGCUUUACGUGGAUUAGCACAUAAAGGUCCGAGGAAUGCUAUAGUUCGCUUAUGUGCAUAUUUCAAUGGAAUAUGCCAAAGGGUGAUUGAUAGGAAACAAUUGGAAAAACUUGAAAAUGAAAUUGUUGAAACUUUAUGCAUGUUUGAAAGGUUUUUUCCACCAUCUUUCUUCGACAUUAUGGUACACGUCACCAUUCAUCUUGCACGAGAAGCUCAUCUUUGUGGACCAGUGCACUUUCGUUGGAUGUACCCAUUUGAGAGGAUUAUGAAGGUUUAUAAAGGAUAUGUUCGGAAUCGAGCAAGACCGGAAGGGUGCAUGGCAGAAUGUUAUUUGGUGGAUGAGUGCGUAGAAUUUUGUAGUGAACAGAUGAAAAAAGUAUCUGAAAUAGGUUUUCGUCGAUCUAGAAAUGAAGAUAUUGAAUGUGAAAGUACAGAAAGAGGACGCCCAAUAUCUAAGGGGAUUUCAAAACCCAUUCCUCCUGACAUGUUAGCCAUUGCUCAUCGUUAUGUAUUAUUCAACAGUGACGAGGUUAAACCAUACAUAGAAGAGCAUCGGGAGGAACUCAGGCGUUCUGACAGUCGUCUAGCAAGGAAUGAACAUUUGUUAGAGAAGAGACAUAUGGAGACCUUCAGUUCAUGGAUAAAAACUACGAUCAGUGUAAGUACAAAUGUAUUAGGUAAGUUAAAGUGGCUUGCACGUGGCCUUAGAACAGAAGUAAUGUCCUAUUCUGGCUAUGUUGUGAAUGGUCAACGAUUUCACACGAAGGAUAUUGAGAGAAGCACACAAGAUAGUGGUGUUUCUAUUGAAACUGAAACUAUAUGCCGAUCUAGUGUGAGAGACACAAAUCAAGUUAUUGAAAAAAUAACUUACUAUGGCAUUCUGAAAGAUAUAAUUUUGUUGAACUACUACACUUUUGAGGUGCCAUUAUUUGAUUGUGAUUGGGCAAACAUUAGAAAUGGCAUCAAAGUUGACGAUGGAUUUACGUUGGUGAACCUUCGUGAAGGUCAAAGUCAAUUUGCAAAAGAUCCAUAUAUCCUUGCAUCGCAGGCUAAGCAAGUGUUUUAUUCUAGGGAAUCCGAAACAUCAAGUUGGUAUGUUGUACUUAAAGCACCAAUUAGAGGAUCUCAUGAUGUAGAUAGUUUUGAAGAAAACCCUUAUAUGCCUUAUGCUCCUUUAGAUGUAUCAAGACUUGACAUUGUUGAUGAUGAUGAUCAUCCAUAUGUACGAGAUGAUUGUGAAGUCAUAAUAGUGUAGAAUUCAGGGUUAUAGCAAAUGUUGGUCUUAUUUUUUGGUGGCUCUUAUUUGGUGUGCAAUCUGGUUUUGGUAUAUAUGUCCAUUAAUAAAAUAUUAUUUUGUUGUAA